GAUUUUAAAAUAAAGUGAGAUAUACUCUCGACUCACUUCAAGUUCUCUUGUCUAGAUCUAAUAACUAAGGCAUUCAUAGAUUAACUUAUGCUACAUAUAGAUAUAGAUCUAGAUAUAGAUCUAAAUCUAAAAUCUAUUUAGAAUCUAGGACACGGAGGAUCUAGAUCUAGUCUUAAAUCUAUAUUAGAGACCUAGAUCUAAUUUAUAUUGAUGCUCAAUUGAAAGAAUCAUUAGAAUGUUUACCCGUAAAAAGAUUAACGAAAACAUCGGGCCUCAACAAAGCAAACCUCUGGCAACGAAAAAGGUUAUGGAAGGUCCAGUCAAAGGUGGACAAGCCAAGAUAAAAAGAGCAAUCCCAACCAAAAGAGCAGCUUUUGGAGAUAUUACAAACGCAACCAAAGAGAAACCUGAUGAUUUGAAAAAAAUACCCCUUGCUGUCAAACCUUUGGCUGCCAAACCAUUAAUUGGUAAAAUUCAUCCAACAAUUGGCAACAAUGCAAAAAAUACAAAGAUUACAAGUAAAACAAAGACAGAUUUGAAGAAUAAAGCCAAUACAGCUACCAAUCAUGCUGCUGACUUGCAGGAGAAUUCCAUAUCACGAAGCCAAGCUUUAAAAAAUUUGGCAGCAGGAGUGCCUGAAGAUAGAGUUGAAGAAGAUUUCUCUUUUGUUAUUGUCGAAGAUUCACUUGAAGAGAAGUUACAGGAAGAAUCUGAUAAGACUAUACUAGAUAUUGAUCAGGAGCUUUACACUGAUGUAUUUAAUGUUGGACUCUAUGCUCAGGAUAUAUUUGAUUACUACAGGCGACGAGAGAAUAUGUUUAUCAUUCCACCCUACCUGGAUCGCCAGUCUACAAUCAGUGCUGGUAUGAGGGCUAUCUUAGUUGACUGGAUGGUUGAGGUACAGGAGAGUUUUGAACUCAACCAUGAGACAUUAUAUCUGGCUGUGAAGUUGACCGAUAUAUAUCUGUCUAGGAUUACUGUCAACAAAGAAAUGCUACAGCUCAUUGGGGCGUCAGCCAUUUUUGUUUCAUCCAAAUUUGAUGAACGCUGCCCUCCUCUUAUUGAAGACUUUAUCUACAUAUGUGAUAAUGCUUUUGAUAAAGAUGAGUUUAUCCAAAUGGAGAUGGAGUUACUGAGAAAGGUCAAUUUUGAUCUGGGUGUCCCUAUAUCAUACAGAUUUCUACGGAGAUAUUCAAAGGUGGCUAGACUGUCCAUAGAAACACUGACCUUAGCUAGAUUUAUUUUGGAAAUGUCCUUAAUGGAGUAUGACUUAGUAAAAGAAAAAGACUCUAAAGUGGCUGCAGCAGCACUCUACAUUGCUAUGAAGAUGAGGAAGGAAGGAGUUUGGCAAGGAGACUUAGUGAAAAGUAGCCACUACAAAGUAGAUGAUUUCAAACAUCUUAUUGUAGCCUUGAACAAAAUGCUGUUGUCUCCAGCUGUUCCACAGCUUAACACCAUACGAAGCAAGUAUUCACAUGUAGUCUUUCAUGAAGUUGCUAAAAUUCCACUUAUGCCUACUGAGGAGCUUUUUAACACUAAGUCAGGCACAAAUGAUUGUUCAUGAGGUACACUGAUGGUUGUGUUUGGGUGUGUGUGUCUGUUGACUAGCUUGAAUAUUGACAAGGAGAACUUCCUGUGUGAAGAAAGUUACAAGUUGUAAAAAAAUAAGCACAUCAUAAAAUAGUUAUUUUAUUAAUUUCAUUUAUAACUUCAGGUAGUGUUAUUUUAAUAUUGUAUACGUUUUUCAAUUGAAUUUGUCUUGAUAAGACUGCAUGCAUUUUGUUCAUAAAUAAAUAGCUUUAAGAUUUGUAUGGUGUUUGAUAUUUUUGAAAUUUCAAGUAAUUGAUAAUUGAUUCUAAAUAUUUAAUAACAUACUGAUGUAUAUUUUGUACAAAUAAGCCAAUAUGCUUAAUUAACUUCCUUAUAUUUUUUAAAAUAUUUUUUAUCUCUCAAAAACUACAAAUUCGUCUUUUACUUAGUGGUCUUAACAGAUUUCAGAUUAUUUAGUCAUAUUAGCUGCAGUCUUAUCAAGUUAUUUUAAACAUUGAUAUCAGUCUAAAUUAUAUUUUAUCAAUGGUUUUAUAUUUUAGAUGUUUUUACACAAUAAAGUUGUCUGUUAUAUA